AAAAAUGUGCAAACUUGGGGACCAAAACUGUGAUUAUUCUGAUAACUAUAUAUAUUAAAACAACUUGCCACAAACAAGACUUCUUGUCAAGAACAACUAUAAGCCCUAACCGAGAGAGAGAAAAAUCUGCGACGCCUCUAUGAAAAAUUCAUCAGGGUCUACAAAUCAGAGGCUGACAAAUUAAAUCUUUUGGAGUAAUUCAUACGCAACAUGAAAAGGGCAAAAGGAGAAGAAGACGGUUACAAAUCCAUGGACAUAAUAUCGAGUUUGCCGCAAGAGAUCUUGCAAAGAAUACUGUAUUUCCUCUCUCAAGAAGAUGUUGUCCGAACCUCCGUCUUGUCCAAAUCAUGGCGCCACGUUUGGUGCACUCGUCCCAAUCUUGUUUUUUCCGACCAAACCUUCAAAGGCAAGAAACAAGACUUUUUAUCCACUGUGGACAAGACCAUACAACGUUAUCGUGAUCAAAGGUUGUGCGUCGAGGAAUUCGACCUUUGUAUGUUGGUAGACGGUUCGGAAGAUCGCGAAUCAGUUACGUUUCUUGAAAAUUGGAUCCCAUUGCUGAAAAAUAUGGGCAUGAAGAAGUUUGAUCUCUCCAUUCGUGCGAGACAUUGUCGGAAAUUUACCGAUAUGCCCUCCGUAGUCUUUGGAGCCGAAUCCCUCCAAUAUUUGCACGUGGCGAAAUUCGUGAUGCACGAAAGGUCUAUUGAAAGGUUAGUACUCUUGAAGCAUCUGGACCAACUUCAUCUCAAGAAAGUGUACAUCGAGGACGCGGUUUUUCAGAGGAUAAUCUCGAGUUGUCCUUCGAUCGAAACUAUGAUCAUCGAAGGAUGCAAAGGGUUAAAGAAAAUUAAUCUGAGUGAUCUUCCCAAUCUUAUCUACUUUAAUUUUGACGUAUUUUACGGAGAUGGGUUGGAGGAGGAGGAACCUUGUAGCAUCGAAAUCCGUGCACCAUCUAUUGAAACCAUCAAUAUUACUUACGGCAAUAUUCGGUUCCGCAAAGGAGCGGAGUUUCGUAAUCUCAUAAACUUACAUCUGAGGGGUGUCGACUCGUCAUUGGAACACAUGUCGUCGUGUAAAUUCCCGAUCCUCACCUGGUUGAGCCUUUCGCAUUGUCAUGGAUUGAAAGAUAUCCAGCUAUUCAUCGAUGCCCCGAGCUUGGUACUUUUUGAAUAUCAAGGACUCUUUAUCCCUUCGAUCUCUUUCGGAAAAACUACUUCCAGUUGGCGUUCAGAAUUAAACAUAAAAUAUAUACAGAUAAACGAUGGUUAUUUGUGGUUCCUCAAGCUGAAUGAACUGCUCAACUCAGUAAGCAAAUCUAGAAUUAUCCUGACUAUCGAUCAGUAUUUGAUGAAUCACGACGACAUAAUUCGAGGAAACGUUAAUAUGGUACAAUACAUGAAUGGUUGUGGUAUAGCUGUUGUGGUGGAUAGAUUGAGUUUGAAUGCUUCUUUAUCUUCCGGUCCGAGUAAUUUAAACGGUCUGCUUCGUAUUUGUCGUCCGAGAAUCCUAAUGCAUUUGGAUAUGGAAGUUGUCGAGUGGUUGUGGAAGGUUCUAAUGGAGAGAGAGAGUGGAGAUGAAGGUGAUCGGUUCAGACCGUUGUGGUUGCGAGAUUUGGAGCAAGGGAACAUGGAAAUUAAGGAGACCGGUCGAGAGGAAUGGCGUUCGGCAACUCUGUCGGAAUUGCGAAAGUGUCGAGAAACGAAAUCUUAUCAUACUCGAUUUGCAUUGAAAUGGAGACAAGUUUUGUGAGUCUUUGAUCGUGGUUUUGUAGUUUUUAAAGAAUCUCCAUUCUCUCCAUUAAAAUUGUUAGAUUCAAAUUUAGUUUUUGGAAUAGGAAUUGAAGUUAUUAUUACGAUUAUUUUGUUUUUUUGAGAUAAGUUAGAACUUCUCCAGAGGAGCUGAAAGUUAUGCAGAUAUUGAUUUUAUUGAUUUUAUGUCAUGAAUAUAUAUAUAUGGUCCAUUAAUAAGCUCAUCAUGGGAUACUUAUUUAUAAUGGGGAUAAAAAAC